AUGAGGUUUAUGUACUUUUGUAACAAUUCAUGGACUGAUUUUGCCCACUACCUGGUCAUCAUGUGUAUUGACAUCGAAGUUGAGGAGAAACAUGCAUUGAUGGAGCAGGUGGCUCAUCAGACCAUCGUCAUGCAGUUCAUUCUGGAGUUGGCAAAAAGCCUCAAGGUGGACCCACGAGGCUGCUUCCGUCAAUUUUUUUCCAAGAUUAAGACAGCAGAUCAGCAGUAUCAGGAUGCUUUCAAUGAUGAGCUGGAGUCAUUUAAGACAACACGGGUUCGGGGCAGAGCGAAGAUCCGCAUAGAAAAGGCCAUGAAGGAAUAUGAGGAAGAGGAGCGACAAAAGCGCAUCGGACCUGGAGGGCUUGAUCCAGUUGAAGUGUACGAGACCCUGCCACAGGAGAUGAAGAACUGCUUCGAUGAGAAGGACAUUGGAAUGCUACAAGAGGUUAUAAGUAAAAUGGAUCCAACAGAGGCAAAGAUUCACAUGAAGAGAUGUAUAGACUCUGGUCUCUGGGUCCCAAACUCCAGGGUGGACGAUGGGGAAGAAAAAGGAGAUGAAAAAGAGGAUGAUGCUACCUACAAGGAGGUGAAACAGGAGCAGGAAGAAACACAAAUAGGAACAAAGGGAUGAAUGGAGUUAGCAUGA